AUGAUUCACCUCUGGAGUCCCCGGAAAAAAAAAUUCUGCUGUGCGCAGAGAAGAAUAGGCUGCGCUGCCACCACUACCGCGCCGGAGCCAGAGCCUCCCGAGCUGUCCUGCGACGGCAGCGUGGCCAGGUGGUCGAAACGAAAGACAGACUGGUGCUGUCGACAUAAAGGUGUCGCCUGCAGUCCUCCUCCACGAACCAUGCCAUACAACUGCCACGAACGGCCUCUGGAAAUUUGGUCGCUGGGAAAGAAACUUUGGUGCUGUCAGAACUACCAGGUGGGCUGUCCGCAUUAUCACGUGACUACCGUGUCUACUCUUCCCUUCGAUUGUGAUGCCGGAGCUCAUUUCUUGCACGGAUGGUCGAUUGCCAAGAAGGCUUUCUGCUGCGCAGAGUUCCAUGUGGGUUGCGUCGUGACCGCCCCAGCCCCAGCGCCGGCUGCGAUGCCCUAUGAUUGCCAUGCGGGGUAUAGCAACUGGAGGAGGGGCUGGUCGGAGGGAAAGAAGAGCUUCUGCUGCCAGCACUUCAAGAGAGGUUGCUCCAGCGAUCCCUAUGACUGCGAUGCAGGCUUUUCCAACUGGCGAAGAGGCUGGUCCGACGGCAAGAAGACGUGGUGCUGCCACCAUGGGGGCCGCGGGUGUGCGAAGGCCUCAACCUAUGACUGUGAUGUAGGUGUUGCCAACCGAGAUGCCCUUUGGAGUCCCGGAAAGAAAACCUGGUGUUGCAAACAUGCGAAGCGCGGAUGCACCAAAGACACCGCAGAUCGAAGGUUUGAUUGCAUGUCGGGUUUCCAGCACUGGAGUGAAACCUGGACAGAGAGCAAGAAGGACUGGUGUUGCAAGACAUACCAUGUCGCCUGCAGCCCGUCAGCCCAAUAUGAUUGCGCUGCGGGCUUCGACAACUGGCGAGCGGGUUGGUCUGACGCGAAGAAAUCCUGGUGCUGCUCGCAUGAACAGAAGGGCUGUUCCACUACACCCUUCGAUUGUGAAGCGGGCUAUGCCAAAUGGAAGACCGGCUGGUCUCCCAAAAAGAAGGCAUGGUGUUGCGACCACGAACACCGGGGCUGCCCAAGUUCUAAAAGCUACAAUUGCACUGCUGGAGUGAAGACAUGGAAAAGCGCUUGGUCAGAGCAUAAGAAGCACUACUGCUGUGAACAUGCGAAGGUGGGUUGCAACGCCCACCAUGACUCCCAAGGCAACCAACAAUCGGGCGCAGGGGAGGUGCAGGGUCCAUGUCACCUCUUACAACACACUUAUGGAGUAAAGCAUCAAAGGUCAGGUUGCAAUAUGCAGAAUUAA